AUGACAACUUCUUCGUCUGUCGUCAUUUCUUUGGCUCUUGUUUCAUUCCUCUGUCAUCUUGUCAUUCUCACCGCUGAAAUUCACGAAUGUUUCACUGACAAUGGUUACUACUCAAAGACAUCUCCCUACCGCACGAACCUCAAUGUCCUUCUUUCUAAUCUCACUUCGGCCACAGACGACGUCGAUGACUUUAGUUUCUACAAUGCUUCUCAGGGCAAAGAUCCCUACACGGUUCAUGCACUUGGGUACUGCAGAGGAGAUGUGAAUCCAGAUUCUUGCCAGAGUUGCCUCAACAAUGCCGCGAAGCUUCUCCCAAAUCUAUGUCUAAACCAGAGGAAGGCAGUUUUGUACGAUGAACUUUGCAUUUUACGAUAUUCAAGUCGUUCAAUGGUUGGGAUAUACGAGAAUCCUGAGUUCUCCUUCUGCAUGGCGAACCCAAAUAAUGACCCGGAUCCAGACAUGUACCACGGUCCGCUUGAUGGUUUUUUGAAAAGUCUAGGAAACACUACUUCAGCUGUUGAGUCUCAGCGUAAGUACGCUGCGGGAAACAUGAGAACUCGACUUUCAACUAUUUAUGGUCUUGUUCAGUGCACGCCAUAUUUGUCCAGACAAGAUUGCACAGACUGCUUGUCGAAAGCUGUGUCGGAAAUCCCAGAUUGUUCGGAGAACAAGACUGGUGGAAGGAUUAUCAAACUGAGCUGCUUUCUUAGAUAUGAACAUUACGCCUUCUAUGAUAGUUACUGGUCUUCCACGCGUCUAAAUUCACUCCUCCAUGUAACAGCUGGUUACCACGCGUCUAGCUCAUUUCAUUCGGUGACCAGAGAAAAGAGAGAUAGAGAGCGCGAGCGAGAGAGAGAGGAAGCACGAGAGGAAGAAGUCGGCGACGGAGAGGAGGCUGAGUUGAAUCUGGUGAUCGGAGGUGGUAUCCAGUGCAUGCAAACCGAUCAAACAUUCCAGAUUGCAUGUGCUGUUGCUCUGGUUUGUAGGUACCGAGACAGGGGCUGUUAUCUUCUUGAAGCCGCUGGUUUAGUUUUGGGAUAA